CUUUCCUUCAACAACAAACUUAUCUUCUUCUUCCUUUUUUCUCUCAGUUUUCUCUCUAUCAUUUCAAGAAUAAUUAUUCAAUCUCAAUAAUAAUAAUAAUAAUCAACUGAAACAAAACAUUUUGUAAUUCUUCAAGCCAGCCAUCAUGGCGAACCUCGAAGAUAUCAAGAAGGAGACUGUUGAUCUCGAGCGAAUACCCGUUGAUGAAGUGUUCCGAGAAUUGAAUUGCACCAAGGAAGGUCUCACUAGCGAUGAAGGUCAAAAGAGGUUGCAAGUUUUCGGGCCCAACAAAUUGGAAGAAAAGAAGGAAAGCAAGGUGCUCAAAUUCUUGGGUUUCAUGUGGAACCCUCUCUCAUGGGUCAUGGAAGCUGCUGCUAUCAUGGCUAUUGCAUUGGCGAAUGGAGGGGGUGAGCCACCGGAUUGGCAAGACUUUGUGGGAAUUAUGGUGUUGCUAGUUGUCAACUCAACAAUCAGUUUCAUAGAAGAAAACAAUGCAGGCAAUGCUGCAGCAGCCCUUAUGGCUGGUCUUGCGCCCAAAACCAAGGUUCUGAGAGAUGGAAGGUGGACUGAGCAGGAGGCUGCUAUAUUGGUACCUGGAGAUAUAAUCAGUAUGAAAUUAGGAGAUAUCGUUCCAGCUGAUGCUCGUCUUUUAGAAGGAGAUCCCCUCAAGAUUGAUCAAUCUGCACUCACGGGUGAGUCCUUGCCUGUUACUAAGAACUCUGGUGAUGAAGUCUUCUCUGGUUCCACAGUAAAACAAGGAGAAAUUGAGGCUGUUGUGAUAGCUACUGGGGUGCACACCUUCUUUGGUAAAGCUGCACACUUGGUAGAUAGCACUAACCAAGUUGGCCAUUUCCAAAAGGUGCUGACAGCUAUUGGUAACUUCUGCAUUUGCUCAAUUGCUGUGGGAAUGAUCAUAGAGCUUGUUGUCAUGUACCCAAUCCAGCACCGCAAGUAUAGGAGUGGAAUCAACAAUCUCUUGGUGCUCCUCAUUGGUGGGAUUCCUAUUGCCAUGCCAACAGUCUUGUCAGUAACAAUGGCUAUUGGUUCCCACAGGCUGUCCCAGCAAGGUGCAAUCACAAAGAGAAUGACAGCCAUUGAGGAGAUGGCUGGGAUGGAUGUGUUGUGCAGUGACAAGACUGGCACUCUUACACUGAACAAGCUUACUGUGGACAAGAAUUUGGUAGAGGUUUUUUGCAAAGAUGCUGACAAGGACACAGUAAUUCUGCUUGGAGCUAGGGCCUCUAGGGUUGAGAACCAAGAUGCUAUUGAUGCUUGCAUUGUUGGAAUGUUGGGAGAUCCAAAAGAGGCUAGAGAAGGUAUUGAAGAGGUGCAUUUCUUACCCUUCAAUCCAGUGGACAAGCGUACAGCCAUAACAUACAUAGACCAUCUGGGAGAUUGGCACCGAGUGAGCAAAGGGGCACCAGAGCAGAUUAUCGAACUCUGCAAGGUUAGAGAAGAUGUGAAGAACAAAGCCCUUUCCAUUAUUGAUAAGUUUGCUGAUCGCGGUCUUCGUUCGCUUGCUGUUGCCAAACAAGAAGUGCCAGAAAAGAGCAAGGAGAGUCCAGGAGCACCAUGGGUGUUUGUGGGUCUUUUGCCUCUCUUUGACCCACCUAGGCAUGACAGUGCAGAAACCAUCCAACGCGCUCUUCACCUAGGAGUGAAUGUCAAGAUGAUUACUGGUGAUCAACUAGCUAUCGGCAAGGAAACUGGUCGCAGGCUUGGCAUGGGAAGUAACAUGUACCCUUCAUCCUCCCUCCUUGGUGAGCACAAGGAUGCGUCUAUUGCUGCUCUUCCAAUUGAUGAGCUUAUUGAGAAGGCUGAUGGCUUUGCUGGUGUUUUCCCUGAACAUAAAUAUGAGAUUGUUAAGAGGCUUCAGGACAGGAAGCACAUAUGUGGGAUGACUGGGGAUGGUGUCAACGAUGCUCCAGCCUUGAAAAGAGCAGAUAUUGGAAUUGCAGUGGCUGAUGCAACCGAUGCAGCGCGAGGUGCAUCUGAUAUAGUCCUCACGGAGCCUGGUUUGAGUGUCAUUGUGAGCGCAGUGUUGACAAGCAGAGCCAUCUUUCAGAGAAUGAAGAACUACACCAUAUAUGCUGUUUCCAUAACAAUCCGAAUCGUGCUAGGCUUUAUGCUCCUUGCACUCAUCUGGAAGUUUGAUUUCUCACCUUUUAUGGUUCUGAUCAUUGCCAUACUAAAUGACGGGACGAUCAUGACAAUUUCCAAGGAUAGGGUGAAGCCAUCUCCUCUUCCGGAUUCAUGGAAGCUGAAUGAGAUCUUUGCCACCGGCAUAGUGCUUGGUGCCUACCUUGCUGUUAUGACUGUUGUCUUCUUCUGGCUUGCUCAUGCAUCUAAUUUCUUCUCAGACAAAUUUGGAGUGAGAUCAAUCAGGGAUAGCCACAAUGAGCUCACAGCAGCUAUUUACCUUCAAGUGAGUACUGUAAGUCAGGCUCUCAUCUUUGUCACACGUUCAAGGAGUUGGUCUUAUGUUGAACGUCCGGGCGCCCUUCUCAUGGUCGCCUUUCUGGCAGCACAACUGGUUGCCACACUCAUUGCUGUGUAUGCAAACUGGGGCUUUGCUGAUAUGAAAGGAAUUGGAUGGGGUUGGGCUGGUGUCAUUUGGCUCUACAGCAUUGUUUUCUACAUCCCCUUGGACAUCCUUAAAUUCAUCAUAAGAUAUGCAUUGAGUGGAAAAGCAUGGAGUAACAUUACUGAGAACAGGGUUGCUUUCACCUCAAAGAAGGAUUAUGGAAAGGGAGAGAGAGAAGCACAAUGGGCUGCAGCUCAACGCACACUGCAUGGUCUCAACCCUCCUGAAACUGAGACUAUGAUGAAUGAGAAGAACAACUAUAGGGAACUUUCUGAACUUGCAGAACAGGCCAAGAAACGUGCUGAAGUUGCAAGGUUGAGGGAGCUUCACACGCUUAAGGGGCACGUUGAGUCUGUUGUGAAGCUCAAGGGGCUUGACAUUGAGACAAUUCAGCAGCACUACACUGUUUGAUUGAACAAGUGUUUUUGGAAGAUAGAUUUAGGAGAGAAUAGAUAAAUAGACAAUUCAGUAUCUUGAAUCUCAUUUGGGUUUUUGAAUAAUGCAAAGGCCUUGAAAUAAUCCAACACUUGGAGAUUAUGCAACAUAAUCCCAAGGUUCGGGUGUAGAGGAUAGGUGUUUUUUUUUUUGGCUGAUGUUAUCCUUUUAAUAAUAGCACUAGCAUGAUUUGACUUCCUAUUCAAUGAAGACUUCGUUUCUUCACU